CAGGACAGUGUGCCAGCAAACACGCCCGCCGUCACACACUGUUGGAGUGUCUCUCUGCUCACACCUCUGACACCUCAGGGUAGCGCAGAGUUAGCAGACCACCCAAGGGCCUGGGUGGAUGAAUGCACUGAAGGAUGGUUGUAUUUUGUAAAGCAAUGGCAGGUGGACUGCUGCUCUUGUUGAACCUCACUUUUCUAGGGUUGGGUGUUGAGGGCCAAGGGAACGGACGGGAUAAGAAAGAAGUAUCAGGCGGGGCUACCGUCUACCUCGGCCAGGACAGAGACAUCUGGAGGCCACUGAUCCACACAACAGUAAACCUCAGUGAGAUCAGAAGUAUCAAGUCAUCCUUUCAUUUACGGACAUUUGACCCAGAAGGUACCAUUUUCUACGGAGACACCAAAAAAGGGGAGGACUGGUUUGUUUUGUCCCUGAAAGACGGCAUCCCCCUGAUGCAGAUCAGCAGAGGAGACAGCCUCGUCAGCGUGGCAGGUGGCCCCAAGCUCAAUGACGGAAAAUGGCACGAACUGGACGUGAGCAACCAAGAGCAGUUUGUGAUUCUAGAGGUGGAUGGCUCAAAUAGUCUGGUGGUCGGCAUGCAGUCCAAACAGACAAAUGAGAUCCUGUCGGGUGAACUUCGACUGGCUCUUGGUGGGAUCCUGAUCAACAAAGAACAGAUGAUUGUUCAGUAUGAGCCGCACAUGGACGGCUGUGUGCGGAAAGGCAGCUGGCUAAACCUCAGCGUCUCCUGGGAGGCAGAGGUGGAGGAGCUGUGGCCCUGCUAUCAAAACGUACAACCUGGCAGCUACUUCCCUGGCACAGGAUUUGCCAUUUUCAACACCUCAGUUUUCCCAAUUGAAGCAGAUCAUGGGGUCAAGACUGAACUGUGGGGAGAUUUCAGUAAGAUGGAUGGGACCAUUUUUAGCAUCAAGGCUCCUGGGCAAGAACUGAUGUUCGCUUUAGUGGCCAAUAAUAACACAAAGGAAGUCACUCUUACUUUUGGUGAAGAUAAAAUCAGUGUGAAAGACACUUUCAAGAGACUGGUGAUAAUCUUUCAGACAAAUUUACUGAAAGUGUUUCACGAUGAAGGUGAAUUAAAGACUAUUACGUUACCUAUCAAUCCAGUGAGCCGCCCCGGUUACUUGACCCCAUGGAGAGAGGGUCAUUUUGCUGUUGGAGGUCUACUAGGUGAGGACGAUGUUGGCUCCCAGUUCUUGACAGGCUGUCUCGAGAAGAUCCAGGUUCAAGGGAAGGAUUUGGACCUGGAUUUAGCUGUCAAACACAUGUCAAUCUCCUCCCACAGCUGCCCUGCAUAGACCAUGAAACUAUGCAUCUUCAAUAUGUGGACUCGAUGUUUGCAGUGACUGCUUUUGGGUCCAAAUUAGAAAAAAAAAAAAAAGGUGUCCAAUUGAAAAAGUGUCUGCUAAUAGUCAAU